AUGCAGACAGCACUCCCCACCCUCACCUUCCUCCUACUCCUCUUCCUCGAUGUCGCACGGGCCCAAAACUUGGUUCCUACUUCCUCUUCUGCCAAUUUUCCUGGCUGUGGAGUGGGUUGCAAUCUCCUACUGCAAGCGCAGAAUCUUUGCAUACCGCCCGCCGUCGCCGUCACCUCCCAGUUUACCUACGAGAACUGUUUCUGCCAAAGCAGUUUCCUCCAAGGCCUAUAUUCCAGUCCUGAUGCUGUCUGCACCGCCGAGUGUACCAUAGAGUCCGACAGAGUACUCUUGCAGAAAUGGUUCACAGGCUUCUGCAGUGCUGUUGGUCAGGGUGUUGACCCUUUGGCGACGACUGCUGGCACUCCAACAACAGCUACACAAAGCGUGGUUGUGAUUACAGUAACUAGUACAAACAGCGCUUCGGGUGCUACGAGUACUGGUACUGGCAGCGCGAAUACACCCGCGCCAAAGACUCAGUCCUGGAUCGAAGGACACUGGAAGUGGAUCCUUAUGCUUGGAAUUCUUCUUGUCGGGUUGGGGCUGUUGACAUGGCUUCUCAUCUGGUUGAAACGGCGCCAUCGUAGGAAGGUCGAUGAGAGGCGAGCUGCUAUGUCUGGUUUUCCAUCCGAAACUGAAAAACGUGCCGGUGCUCGCUCUGCAACUCCAGAUCUGUGGGGUCCGCAUCAGGUAUUCCACUCAACCCCGUUCCCGUACUCCACUGACAUGCUUUCGAAGCAUAUGGAACAAACCCGUGGAUACGAGUAUCAAGAUGGACAAGACAUGGCCAGUGGUGCUGUUCUUGGAACACCGGCUGGUCACCGAGAGAAGAGAAGAUCAAGACGGCGCAGAUCGCGAGAUCGAAAUGAGAUGGGUCAGAUGGACGAAAGGCCGCCCAACUCGAGAAGGCGCUCCUCGAAGGGCAAAUCAACGCCAUUAGAACGCAUUGCUUCCAACGAACCCGAGAUUGGACCAGUUGACAGGAGUCGAAGUCGAAGUCGGAGAAGCAGAAAUCCAGAUAGCGAUCUCGAAGGGGGUUCCAAUCCGGAACACAGCCGUCGAUUACGUGAAGUCCGCGGCAGCCGACGAAACAGAAAUAUCGACCCACCUUAG